GCUAUGCAAGUAGCGCAGGUAUGAACACGUACCCAUACCGGUCCAUGGGAAAUGGGUUGAUUUCGGGAUUGUUCGUGGCGUUGUCCGUUCGAACCAUCGAUCAGGAGUUCCUGUGUAGUGGUCCCUACACUGGCUUCAAGAUCGUUGUCCAUACGCCGGAUGAGGUUGCCAUGGGCGGGGAUUGGUUCUUCCGGUUAAACAACGAGGACGAUAUCGCCUUUACGUUCACACCAAACGUGAUGUACACCUCUGGAAAGCUACGCAAUGCUUCUCCAAUGAGACGCAGCUGCUUCUUCGACAACGAACGGUACCUGCGGUUCUUCAACAGCUACAACCAGGCAAACUGUGCCGCGGAAUGUAUCGCAAAUCUGACGCUCCGAAAGUGUGGCUGCGUCAAGUUUUCGAUGCCUCGCACAGCGGACAUGAAGAUUUGUGACGCCAGCAAGAUCGAGUGCUAUCGAAACAUUCUGAUUGAGGCGUUCGACGAGGAGAUCCGGCACGCGAUGCAGGGAAUGAUUUCGCUUUGUGGAUGCUAUCCGGCUUGUAACAGCGUUGAGUACCGGGUGGAGAUCUCCCGGAUGCCGUUCUACUUCCAGGAGUUGUCGAGAGCUGCGGGAUCGGCGUUUGAUAAGUACAAGGGCUACGACAUAGCGGUAAUGUCGAUGUCUUUCAAGCAUCGCCAUCACCUGCCGAUUUGGAGACGUGAGAUGUUGGGAGUAACGGACGUGAUCGCUGAGUUUGGAGGACUGUUCGCGCUGCUGUUGGGGGCUAGUGCUAUGAGUUUGUGUGAAAUCUUGUACUACGCAUGCAUACGACCGCUGCGUAGGGAACGGAUUCCCCGGCUGGCGAUCAACUGGAUGUUUGUGCUACCGUGGGCGGCACGGCAGAAUCCGUUCCGAACUCGCGUGAACCAACCGGAAGACUGGUGA